GAGCGACCCGGAGAACACGGCCGCGGCGCGCCACGCGUCGCGCUCGCCGGGCGCUGCAACCCGCAACCGCCUCGAGAGCCCUCGACGCCAUCUUGGCGGGGGAAGCAGCGACCGAUGCGAUGCCUACGUGCGCGCGUUGCCGCGCUUGUCGGGCUGCUCCAUAUAUACGCGCGAUGAGCCGAGAAGGAAGAGAUCACCGGCAGGAGGAGGAGAAAGGUCGAGGCUCGCCAGCCAAGGGAAGGGGAAGGAAGGAGAGGGGAGGAGAUCUGGUGGACCGGGGGAGGAGGAUUUGGAGAGAUGGAUGAAGAGUACGACGUGAUCGUGCUGGGAACGGGGCUCAAGGAGUGCAUCCUCAGCGGCCUCCUCUCCGUCGAUGGCCUCAAGGUUCUUCACAUGGACAGGAAUGAUUACUACGGAGGAGAAUCUACAUCCCUUAAUCUGACGAAGAUAUGGAAGAGAUUCAAAGGCAGCGAAAGCACUCCUGACCAUCUGGGUGUCAGCAAGGAAUACAAUGUUGACAUGGUGCCCAAGUUCAUGAUGGCCAAUGGAGCAUUGGUCCGUGUUUUGAUCCGCACGAGCGUGACAAAGUAUCUGAACUUCAAGGCCGUGGAUGGCAGCUUCGUGUACAAUAAUGGGAAGAUCCACAAAGUCCCUGCAACCGAUGUUGAAGCCUUGAAAUCUAACCUGAUGGGCCUGUUUGAAAAGCGGCGUGCUAGGAAGUUCUUCAUUUACGUUCAGGAUUAUGAAGAGGAUGACCCAAAGUCACACGAAGGCCUGGAUCUGCACAAGGUCACGACAAGGGAGGUCAUCUCCAAGUAUGGGCUGGAGGACGACACAGUUGACUUUAUUGGUCAUGCAUUAGCACUUCACCGGGAUGACAACUAUCUGGAUGAGCCUGCAAUUGACACUGUCAAGAGAAUGAAGCUAUAUGCGGAAUCAUUGGCACGCUUCCAAGGUGGAUCACCUUAUAUCUACCCUUUGUAUGGGCUAGGAGAGCUCCCGCAGGCCUUUGCUCGUCUGAGCGCUGUUUAUGGUGGCACAUACAUGCUCAACAAACCAGAAUGCAAGGUUGAGUUUGAUGAGAGUGGUAAAGCAUUUGGUGUGACUUCCGAAGGGGAGACUGCAAAAUGCAAGAAGGUUGUUUGUGACCCCUCGUACUUGACUGACAAGGUCAAGAAGGUUGGAAGGGUGGCACGUGCGAUAUGCAUAAUGAAGCAUCCGAUUCCUGACACUAAGGAUUCUCACUCUGUGCAGAUUAUCCUCCCAAAGAAACAGCUGAAGCGCAAAUCAGACAUGUACGUGUUCUGUUGCUCAUAUGCUCACAACGUUGCGCCGAAAGGCAAAUUCAUCGCCUUCGUGUCGACCGAAGCUGAGACUGACAAGCCUGAGAUCGAGUUGAAACCCGGGAUUGAUCUACUUGGCCCCGUGGAGGAGACAUUCUUUGACAUCUAUGAUCGAUACGAACCUGUGAAUACUCCUGAAGAGGACAACUGUUUCCUGACAAAUAGCUAUGAUGCGACCACCCAUUUUGAGACAACGGUUAAGGAUGUGCUUGCUUUGUACAGCAAGAUCACUGGAAAGGAUCUUGAUCUUUCUGUGGAUCUGAAUGCUGCCAGUGCUGCUGAACCUGAAGCUGCUUGAACAUUUGUUACUAAUAGACAAUUUUCAUUUUUCUUUCUUAAUGCAUUCUUAGAUGGAUCUGUUUCCCUAAUCCAUUACUUGAUUUUGGGGUUCCAAUUGUCCUUUCUGAAACAAAGUACAGUAUCAUGGAUUUAUAUUAUAUAUCUAAUAAUCUUCACAUGUCUUCACUAGUGA